AACCCAACUGCGACACUUGUCAUUUCAAUUUCAACCGUAAAAAAUGUGACUGCCUCCUCGAGGAAACGGGGGAAACUCUAUGACGCAUACCACGUGCCUAUUGCAUGAGAACGGACCGCGACCCUCAGUCCGUGGGGUUGGGGUUCUCCAUGCCACGCUAGCAUCAACUCUCUACCACCUCUAGUUGACCUCUGCGCGUUCCUCGAUUAUUUGACACCUGACUCUACCUUUACGGCCAACACGCAAUGGGCGACAUUCAAACCCGGCCAUUUUCCAAGAAUUACAGCGGUUUGAUAAAUCAGUCUGUAAUUGCCGUCGGGAUCACUGUACUAUGCGUCGGAGGACAUGAGUACAUGAAAAGGAAGCGCAGAGGGAAGAAACAAUAUGAAGAUGGGCUUGGAUCCAGGGAAAGUUGGCAAUUUGGAUAUCUGUACCAAGGCAGAUCCUGGGCUCGGAAGCCAUCCCCUCCUUCGCCAAAAGGAUGGAUAUUGUCGUGGGUUCCGCAAGCCGUGUGGUUUCCUGAAGCGAAGAUGAAUGAAAUUCGGGGUAUUGAUGCGACACUGUAUAUUCGGUUUCUUCGCGGUUGCUUUUGGUUCGCUCUGCUACACACACUCACCACAUUUCCCGUGCUGUUCCCCAUUCACGUCGAAUUCUCCGAGCCUUCAAUUGAUCCUAAAUCCAUGACUCGCGCCUCAAUUUCUUCACUGGUCAGUACGGAAGAAGGUUUGUCCUUGCUAUGGAUUCAUAUAUGCCUCCUGUUCUGGAUAACCUUGACCUGGAUUGGUACACUGUUUUGGAUAGCCCAUGGCGCAUUCAUGUUACGCGCCGAAAACAUCAAGCAGGCUUCGAAGCGUGUUCCUUCGGGACCAAGCGAAGGCACUCGCCCAGAACACCAUCUCCAUCCUCAUCCACAAUUCAAUUUCGCGUCUGUUCCGUCGCUGGACUUUAUACAUCCAACGAACGGUCUUCGCCUUCGCACUAUCAUGGUAUCAAAUGUUCCUCCGCAAUUGAGAGAUGAGAAGGUGCUCAAAGAAUAUUUCGAGUACUAUAUGUCCCGAAAACUAGAGCGUCCGGCAUUGGGUCUGACCGCGACAACACAACCAGGCUUCUUCAAUAAGUCAUUCGCUUUCCUCUUCAACCGUGCCAAACGCCUUCCAGUUAUACAGAACGAGUGGAAGGACAGAACAGAUCACUCUUCUGCUUCUGACCCAGAGAAAGUGCCCGCAAUAGACCGUGUAGUGGUCGCAAGAAAGAUGACAGAGCUGGCUUCGCUUCUCGAACGUCGCGAGGACAUUCUUCGACUACUGGAAACCGCGCACAUCAAACUGGCCAGAACUACCCUCGAGGCUGUCAAAAAAGCCAUGCAACAGAAAGAGGCGAACAAACCUUUUUCUCGGAGCAACUCCAGGGCCAAGCUUGUUGCGAAAGAGAGGAAAUCGGUUGCUGGUGCUGAACAAGGUGAUGCCGAAUUAGGAGGUCCUAUCAGUGAAGAGGAGCGGAUGGAGCAGCUCAUCAAGGUUUUGGGUCCAUUUGUCGACGAAUUCGAGCUAAGGCGACAUAAUACCAAGCUCAAGAAGGCCUCCCAUGAUUCAAAACAUGCUUUCCAGCAGCUGCGAACAGAAGGAUCUGCCGAUUCUGACAAUGGCCCCAUGGAGAGCCCCGCUGGCUAUCCUCCCACCUCUGCGAAUGAACGGCGGCCUAAGUACAAAAUUACCAUCUGGGAAGCGCUCCUCAGCCUACCACGGAGCAGCCUUGAUGUGUACCAACCCCUUGUCAACCUUUCACAUCUCUUCCGCGGAAAGACGGUACCAUCCAUCGACUACUACACAGCUAAACUCAACUUGCUGACGUCCCUCAUAACGGAGAACCGUACGAAGCCGGCGACAAAGUUCGAUCCCGUCUCGACAGCAUUCGUUACUUUCGCCGAUCCAGAUGACGCGAGAAAGGCAUGCAAGUAUUUGGCAGUCCACCCUCAUAACCCGCUUACGUGUUCGGUCACGAUGGCUCCAGAGUACCAGGAUUUGGACUGGAUCAGGGUUAUGAAAUCGUCUUUUGAUGCAGAGUUCGUAAAAGACUGGGUCGUGAGCGUGGGUGUAUGGGCAUUCACCAUCUUCUGGUUGUUUCCGGUGUCAUUACUCGUUGGUUUAGUAUCCAUUCAGAACAUCAGUGUUUUCUGGCCUAGUCUUAAAGCGUACUUGGACAAGCAUGCCUGGGAGGAAGAAGUGAUCCAAUCAUUUCUUCCUACACUUCUCGUGGCUCUACUGGCUCUAUUGAUCCCUCUUAUCUUGUUACUCAUCGCUAAGAAGGCUCACACGAUUACGACCCUUUCGGCUCUUCACGACCGAAUCAUGACUAGAUAUUACAAAUUCCUCAUUGUCAACGUUCUUGUGUUUUUCUGUGUAGGCACGGCUGCUUUACAAUCUAUCCUUAACUCCUUUCGAGCAUCGGCUACGACUCCCGACAUUCUCCAGAUUGUGGCAGAUAGUUUUCCGUCGGCUGGACCCUUCUACGUUGGUUGGCUCAUUUUCACGACUGCUAUGCAUGGUGGUUUUGAAAUUAUUCUGCUCGGUUUACCUCUUAUUAUGUAUCCCACAACUAAGAGACAACUUACUCCGCGUAAACGAGCCAUUGGGAUACGUCCUCGAACAUUUAACUUCUACUAUUGGCUUCCUACACAUUUAUUGGUAAUCCACGUUUUGAUGCUAUUCGCGGUGCUCAAUCCUGUUGUAUUACCCUUCGGAGCAUUUUACUUUUUCAUCGAAGCUGGAGUAAUAAAAAACCAAUUAAUUCACGUCUAUGCUAAAAAUUACGAGGGCGACGGAAAGCUCAUCUUGAUACGAAUGCUGCGAUAUUCAUUAGAUGGUCUUAUCUUAUCUCAGGCUGUCUUUCUUGCUUACAUGGUUGUCCUGAAGAAGAAUGUCAAUGUUGCCCUUUCCGCUGUGCUCAUUGUGUUCACAGCUGUCGUGAAACUUAUCAUAACACGAAUGUGCCGAGCACAGUUCGAACGUGACGAUAUCCAGGAAGCGCAUAUUGUCUGCGGACAAUCGAAUGCGGCAGGCAUACCUGACAUUGAGAGAGGAGAGAUCGGAAACACAGAACAGGACAUGAACGGCCUUCUCAGUACGGAUUCGCAGAGAAGAAAGUCCAUCUGGCAGUUACCAGCUUGGGUGACCCUCUCUUAUGCGACGAUCCGUCAUCAUCCGAAUAAUCCUUUGGCACGAGGACCCAACCCUUUCCGUGCAGUGCGUCCUUCAUUUUCACACCGUGGCUCCAGGCAGUCACAGGCAGAGGAAAAUCAACGACCCUCUCGACUCGCGACUGGGAGCGCAGUUGAGCCUCCGCUUCUUGUCCCAUCGUCACCAAUUGCCCCACCUUUACGAAAUGAACACGAUUUCGCAGGUCCAGUUGUUCCUCACCCUUCGCCUGUAAGCUGGGAUGACUUAACAACUGCUGACUUGCCUUAUGACAACCCAUACUACACUCGGGCCAUUAGCAAUGUUCUCUGGCUACCACGAAACCCAUGCGGUCUACUCGACCUUGAUGAUACCAUUGAUCUCAAGACGUCUAUCACAGUUGAGGCUUCUGCCGGCAAGCUAGGAACUUGGAUUGGGAUACCCGAAACAGAUUCUCCAUUGCAGAUGUCUACAUUAUCACUGCAUCCGUCGCACGUUUCGUUGCCGCCUUCCGAACGCCGCGCUUCUAGCUUUGCAGUGGAUGGUACGGAGGAGAUCGAUCUCCCACCUGCAAUCGCGAGGCGCAUAGAAUCGAAAGAAGGUGAUAUUGAGCAGGCGACUGGACCUCGAAGGCCCUCUACAUUACGAGUCCGGCAUAUUACAAGCCAGAAGCAACCGAGCAUGUCCAGUAUGCGACCACCGAUUAAAUCAUUUAGAUCAUAUUCCGAGGUCAUCGAGCCGAUGAAGAAGAGGUCCAACUCAUUGCUGUCGUUCUUCGAGUCCCCCCAACUUGGAUCUACCGGCCGCCCGGGGUCUUCCAACCGUCUUGCGUCGCCGCAUUCUUCACCCCGCCAGCUGAGCCUGAGACCCAAUAUGCUUGCUCAGGGAGACUUUGUGACAGCUAAUGCUUCACGAAUGUCUAUGGGUGCCCCUCCUCAGCUGAGGCGUGCGGAAAACAUAUCGGCACAUCAUGCAAUUCUUCGGGAGGUAAUGGCAGAAGAAGAGUCUGCUUUGGUGAACAGACUGGAGGAGGAAGAUGCAGAUGCGGAGAAAGCCACUACAAAAUCAAGGUUUACCUCGUGGAUGUUCAAGAAGGCCCGGAAUAAUCUCGUUCAGUGAUUGUCAGUACAGGAACUUCGUUUCAUAUUUCUCAGUGGUGAUUUGAUACCCCUCCUCGGAGUAAUUUAUCUUGAUACAUAUUUUACUGUAUAACAGUAAUGAUGGGCAUGAAGAGAAGUGGAUACAUGGAAUAUCUCCGUGCCUCGGAAGUGCGUUGUCGUCAA